CCCGAGUUGUGGUGGAUGGGAUGAGGACACCCCAAGUCGCAACAGCCGAGAGCGACGGGAAAGGCGAGAAAAAACCGAUCGAUGCGAUGACAGGUCAAAUUGAAUUAUCCAGAGUCGCACCCAUGUACCAGAUCCGACAGGAUGAAGAAGGAAGGAUAGCGAUGGCGAUGAGAGGAGGGAGUCGGGGGUCGGGCCGUGGGCGAGGUGAGUCGUUCUACCAAGCGCUUGGGUAUGUCAGCGGUGGCAUCACGCAGAGCCGAAGCGAGUCAGGAGAACAGAGCGGACCAGCACCCCAUGCUGCAAGCCGCGAACACAAAUAAAGAGAAUAAAACGAUCCAGAAGAACCUACCAGAUAGAUACUGCACCCAAAGAUCGAGGAAGGAUGAGGGGCGGAGGGGCGAUGGGCGAACGAAGUCGAAGGUUGAG